AUGCGUCGAUGUGGCCAUCCCGCAGCAGCAGGCCUGCUUCCUGCUGCCUGCUGCCUGCGGGGUUUUGGAUUUAAGCUGCCGGUAACUUCGAGCGCUAAAAAAGUCGUUACAGUUAUUCGUGCGCACAAAUGCGCACGGAGCGAGCCAGAGGCCGUGACGCCGUGGGAAGGGAAGCCCCUGCCCAUGGCGCACCGUCCACGGAUGCCAUCGGCAACUAGCGGCGGCUUCUCUUGGGCCGGGAGGGGAAGAAUCUGCGGAUUGCGGGCUCGGAUCGGCUCGGCUCCUCUCGGCCCGCUCCGACCUCCUCUCCUCUCCUCUUGCACCCCGACCAUUGACGACAGCGCACUUUCCAAAGUGAGGCGUGCAGGACUGGGAUGCCUGGAAUUGGAAAAGCUGGAUGCUGUAUUCUGGGACGCACAUCAAUGCUCGGGGAGUGCUCGGCACCCACCGAUUUUCGUUCUGGUUUUGCUGGCUCGAAUAUGCCUUCCUACUCGUGCUAGCCUAGCCUUGGGGCUCGUCAGAGUUUUGUUUCUUUCGCGCAUUUUUUCCCUCGCUGCUCGUUGACAGCGAGGGUUCCAACAUGUCUCUUCUUCUUAUUGACGGCCUUGAGACGGUCUUCGACCGGACAAGAGGCUAAAUGGGGAUGUUUUCCAAAGGAGAGCUUCUCAAAAACACCCGCCGGUGCUUCGCGCUAAAACAUGUCACAUUUUGACGAACCGCAAAGAGGACUCUAUGUCAUUGAAAAUUUGUUGCGGAGCAUCCGUCGGCCUAUGGACCUUGAUCUCACACGACCAGCGCCUACGCGAAUUUCAUUGUGAGCUGCCGUAAACAUUAUUAUGCCAGUGCAAUCGGGGGCAAAUUAAGGCUUGGUUGAAGAUCACUCACCUUGAAGUGACACCCAAAAGAUGGGAGCCUCAAAUUGCUGCGCAUCCAAGCUGCUGCAGACGUAGCCUUUCUAACCAGACCAAGGAAAACAGCGUCAGACCUUUUUAGGGCGCAUCGCCAAAUGGGUGCCUAUUUAGGUUAUGCGUGCACCAACCGAAGUCUUCCACCGAGGGAUGCAGAAAGAUCGGCUCACGUACUCCUACCUAGUGAGAGUAUGACAUCUCACACACACGGAAAUUAUUAACCACUCCAUGCUCCUCCGUGCAAUUCCAUGCGGUCAAAUGAGCGAGGGUAGCUUCGGGAAUACCCUUCCGGCAAUUUCUGCACGAGCAUGACACUCUUCAGGUCAUUCCCACUCGCAGAACUCGGAAAGUGGGAAAUUUUAAAGAGAGAUAAUCGAAAGCUAGAAAUACUGAACGUGGCAAUCAAUCAUAUUUGGAUUCAUCGUACGCCUACGGCUCAAAAUUCCUCUGAUCAUUGGGAUUCAUCAUGAGGAAAUCGAUGUGCUGUGAUGUAGACAUGACUUUUGUAGACCACGUCUUAAUGAAGACUUUCCAUCUCUGCGAAGUCCUGCAGCAAGUUUCGCCACCUGCCACCUGCCACCUGCCCACACGUCCCUACGUGAUCAGGUACUCCUAAAAGUUCUUAUGCGUCUGUCUCCGCUGGGAUUAGCGCUUGUAACUUGCGUGCCGUUUUCGCUCACGUGAAAUCUUCUGCAAUUUUAUCCGCUCGAUGCUAAACGAAUGACGGUCGGUUUGGCGAUCGUUUCCACGUCGGCAUCUUCUUCUUUCCAGAGGAAUUCUCCCACGAUGCCUCCUGUCCCUCUGCACAGACCUUCAUGCCUUCAAUUUGAUUCGGACUGCUGCUGCUCAUUUUCCUGAUUCUCACAUCGAGAGCAGCAUAUUCUCAUCCUUGCAUUGAAAAACUGUGAAUGACAACUUUCGUUACAUGGCUCUGCUUCCAUUAUGUUCUAAUCUGAAGUCAUGGUCUGACUAUAAAGUAAGCUUGGAACAUAGCUUCGACUGCACAGUCCCGCCGAACUCAUGACAUGAAUGACCUCGGGAGUCCAUGGGGGAUCUGUAUCGAGACUCGGGUUCUGGGGACUAAAAUGCAGCCGAGAUUUCCCAGUACUUGGGAGACGACAAGUCAUCAAGCAGACAGAAAUCGGCAUCAAAUGAGAGGCCUCUAUGUGGCAUAUUGUAAUCAGGGCAUAUGGAUCAAGAAUAUGUGGAUUAACCUGCGAUGGACACGUCGAAUUCCCGUAGAAAGCACACGAAGUGCUUAUGGUACACUCUGACAUUUUGUUGGUUGAAAAGUCACACCUCUACGUGGAAUGUGGAGAAUUGUAGACCGAGAAUGCACUAGAACUACGAUAAAAACUAUACGUUUGUGAUUUUCUAUCUUUCAUAAGCCAAAGCCGUAGGAAAAAUAAUACUUUUAGAAUCAAAACGUUUGCUUCCCUUUUCAUGUAGAGGAAAGUUCCAAUGCAAUCGCCGACCAGGACAUUCCUUAUAAUUUUUUCGAUUCUUUUAUCUUCUCAAGCACUUGCACUGAAGGUGGCGAUAUUCUUACAACAAAGCAUCACAAGUAAACUUGAAGGACAAUGAUAACUUUCCUUGGGCCCCCUUUAUGAUCCACUAUUAUUCUGCAUUUUAAAGUAAUAUCA